UCCACCUUGUUCUGUUACUCAGUCUAUUCAGAGAUGAUGGCUGUGUUCCACCUUGUUCUGUUACUCAGUCUAUUCAGAGAUGAUGGCUGUGUUCAACCUUGUUCUGUUACUCAGUCUAUUCAGAGAGGAUGGCUGUGUUCAACCUUGAAUAUUUGCCAACUGUAGCCUACAACACCAACAUCCCCCUUACUUAAUCCCUGGCAAAUGAAACAGACCCCCUUUAGACAAGCUGUUAGAAAGGUCCUGAUAACAUCCUGAAGCUCCUCAGACUUUAAUCUUCCUCUCCCAUUCAGCAGCACCAGAAACAAUAUGUCCUGUAUAUCAUAUGGUUCCCAUUGGUUCAGCUGGAGGGCAUUGUCCCAAAUGGCACCCUAUUCCCUAUGUAGUGCAAUAAAUUUGACCAGAGCCCUAUGGGUAGUGGUCAAACGUAGUGCACUAUAUACAGUAGGGAGUAUGGUGUCAGAGUACUACAGUAUAUAGGGAUUGGGUGCCAUUUGGGAGCAGCUCUAAUGUGUCUGAGUAAUGCAGGGGAGGUGUGUUUACUUACAUUACUGUCAUCCUCUGUGUUUAAUUCACUCACUUCCUCUGCACGGCGCGCACAGCAGCCUGGAGGAGAAUAUCCACACGCAUUUCAAAGUCCUCUUUGCAGCUUGUAGCUUUUACAGCAUCGCUCUUAGGGUUGCAAAAUUCCGCUAACGAAGAAUAAAUUCCCAGAUUGUCCAGAAUACCUAGUUGGAGGAUUCUGCCUUUCUUGAUAAUUCCCUCCUGAUUUCAGAAAACUCUAACCGGGUUUUCGGGAAAACCAGGGAAUUUAUUGAUUAUUCCCUCCUGAUUUCAGAAAUCCUCCAACUGGGUUUUCGGGAAAACCAGGGAAUUUAUUGAUUAUUCCCUCCUGAUUUCAGAGAUCCUCCAACUGGGUUUUCGGGAAAACCAGGGAUUUUAUUGAAAGUUCCCGGCAUUUUGCAACUCUAGCUCUGACAGAAAGCAGAACCUCCGACUGGGUCUGAACUGACAUAGGCAGAAGAAGAAGAUGGAGUAUUUUUCCAUUGUCAUUUUUUUGUGCAAUGUGUUCAAUGGGAUGAUACCCAGUUGUCCUUAAUCUUUUCACAUUGUUUUCUAUAACAGGACGUUUCCAUUGAGUGAAAGUCCCUCCUGGUUUCAAGUGGGUUAAUGACUGAGAUGAUUAAUGACAUGUGGAAAUUGUCUCUACCCCCUUAGUUCAUAUAAAUGCCAAAAUUACAUAUUUAUUUUCUGACCUCGAAACCAGUCUCACAACUGUUCAGUUAACCAUGACACUUGUUGCCUAAUGUUAAGGUAUUGCUUCUAGGGCCCUUGGGGUUCAUUUUGAUCCAGCACCAGAAAAUACAACUGCCUCCAUACUCGCCCUACAGCCCAAAAGUCUGUCUCACUGGUGUGGUAUGAGAUGUUUAAUGUACGAGUUUGUUUUACCGUUCUCCCAUCACUUACUUAGUUUAUUGAAAGAUCACAGGAGCCUAAAUGAAUAUGAAGUCAUCCUGCAGCGAAGGGUCUGUCUAAACAACACUUAGAAUGUCCUCAAACGUUCAAUUCAUGAUGUCCAGUCCGAACCACUUGGACUGGAAUGAAACAAACAUUCAACCAGCGUCUCUUGGACAUUGCAGGCAACAGAGUUCUAAUUCCAUGUCAGAAGUAGAGUUGCCUGCUUUAGAUCCAGUCCAGUAUAUACACCUUAACUCAGGUCUGUAGAUCCAGUCCAGUAUGUAUACCUUAACUCAGGUCUGUAGAUCCAGUCCAGUAUGUAUACCUUAACUCAGGUCUGUAGAUCCAGUCCAGUAUGUAUACCUUAACUCAGGUCUGUAGAUCCAGUCCAGUAUAUACACCUUAACUCAGGUCUAUCGAUCCAGUCCAGUAUAUACACCUUAACUCAGGUCUGUAGAUCCAGUCCAGUAUAUACACCUUAACUCAGGUCUGUAGAUCCAGUCCAGUAUAUACACCUUAACUCAGGUCUGUAGAUCCAGUCCAGUAUAUACACCUUAACUCAGGUCUGUAGAUCCAGUCCAGUAUAUACACCUUAACUCAGGUCUGUAGAUCCAGUCCAGUAUAUACACCUUAACUCAGGUCCAGCAGAGUAGGGGUCCUUUUUUGGUAGUGGGGGGCGAUGUGCUGUGUUUGGUUCCUGCUCGUUUUCAGGAGGGACCAUUCAAUGAAACACAGCUCCCUGGGCUUUGUCAUGGUGACACCAUGUUUAGGAGGCUGGGACGAGGAGAGUUGACUAGGACUGCAUUAGGCUGGUGAUCUCCAAUGCCCACAGACAGUUCAUAGUAAACACCCUGGGAAGAUAGGUAACACUUGUGUUGUUAUUUUACCUGUGUAAUAACACUGUAAUUAAACCAGUAACAGAGUUGUAUUAGCAUGUUGUUACAUAAUACUUUAGUAAAUACAUUAUUUUGACAGUUUCAAUAAUGCAACAGGUUUGAUACCUCAAAAUGAGUCAGCACAGCUCACAGCAAUAUACUUUUCAGCUCAUUCUGCUGAACAUCAAUACUUUUUGUGUGAUAACAGAGUACUGACAGUGCAAGAGAAAUGAGGUCCCUCACAGGAAAUGUGGAAAAAGUUGAGACUCAUUCUGGAAGAUGAAUGUGUCUAGAAGAGGUUCACUGAUGGGCCAUUACUUAGCUGAUACCAGAGACAGACUGGCCAUAAGACAGUUCUGGCAAAUGCCAGAUGGGUCGUCCAUCUUUAGCCCGGUGGGCCUGUCUGAAUUGGGCUUUUUCCGGCGAAUUAUUAUUAUUCUGGCUAAUAAUUGAGACCUCGAGGGAAAAAUGGACCGGUGUUCCCCAGUCUGUCCCUGAGUGGUACUGUACUGAAAUGAUGUUUUCCAGUCUAGAAGUGUCAAGUGGAAUCAUCAAACUAACUUCUCACUUCAAAUGAUCUUUGUUAUGAUUCACUUUGGUUGUCCUUGCUAACUUAAUGUUUGUAUUGAUGUAAAUAAUGGAAUGUGUGUUUUAAAGAGAUCCCAGAUCUUGAGUUGAAAUGCAGUCAUAUGUACCUCAUGGCUGUUAUAGGAGGAUGCCACUUGAUUGUUCUCAUUUGUAUGAAAUGCUUUUGUGAAAAAUACUUUUCCAGUUACUUUUUUUUCAGUCUCACAGGAAUAGAUUCCGGGAUAUUCCACAAGACUGUACUCGCUUCCCAAAUGGCACCCUAUUCCCUUUUUAGCACACUAUAGUGCCCCCUGGUCAAAAGUAGUGCACUAUAAAUGGAACAGGGUGCCAUUUAGGACAUUUAGGACAAGGACUCUCUGUGGUACAGAGAGUCCUUGUUUAGUGAUGUCACAGUUGAUGUAAACUUAGGAAGACUUCCUCUCUAAGUAUCCUCAGCUAAAAGACCGGGGACCGGAUUAGUUAGUGUGAUGCUGAGUGGAAGAGCAGACCGGGAGGCUAAGGCACAGAGAGACAGAACUGUGGGGUUUCCUUUGAAAUGUUUACAUAUGGGAAGAGUGCAGAGCCGUAUUCUGGGGAGCAGAGGACCAGAGGUAAACAGUGAAAUGAGGCGUUGACACAGUAGAGGCAUAAACUAGGAAGCCUUAGGGGCAGUGAGGUUCUGGACUGAGGAGGCCCUGGUCUCUCUACUAACCUCAAGGGGACCAAGACGUAACCUCAAACUGGCCAACAGAUUUAUUGAUCUCCUCACUCUUCUCUAGGCGUUGAGGCCGCGGGGUCAACCACAGAACCAUGGAGCCUGCCUAUACUGGGAUGUCACUGGAUAACUCGACCUCAACAGUGAUGCCCAUGGCAACCUCCGCCGGCAACACCAAUGUGAGCAGAGAGCCGUACAUGCACCGCCUGGCCCAUCUAGACGAGGGUCUCUACAAUGACUUCUACAGCCUGUGGAUCUGUCUGGUGGUGGUCAACACACUCAUCUUCAUGGUGGGAAUGGUUCUCAACACCCUGGCCCUGUACGUGUUCUGCUUCCGCACCAAGCCCAAGACCACCUCAGUCAUCUACACCAUCAAUCUGGCUGUCACAGACCUACUGGUUAACCUCUCCCUGCCCACACGUAUCAUUCUCUAUUACAGUGGGGGAAAGUGCCUCAACUGCUCCUACGUGCAUAUAUUCAGCUACUUUGUCAACAUGUACUGCAGCAUCCUCUUCCUCACCAGUAUAUGCGUGGACAGAUACCUGGCCAUAGUACAGGCUGAGGCUUCUAGGAAGUGGAGGAACCCUAACGUGGCCAAGGGGGUGUGCAUUUUCAUCUGGCUCUUCGCUAUCGUGGUCACCUACUCCUUCCUCACCACGGCGUUCCGACACGCGGGCUGCUGCGUCUCCAAGCUCUUCGUCCUGACCGUCUUCGAGUUCUUCCUCCCCUUGGUCGUCAUUGUGGUGUUCACCGUGCGCAUCAUGUGUGCCCUGUCCAACUCCAGUCUGAUGCAGCAGAGCAGAGAGAGGCGCGUGCGGGCCGUGCAGCUCCUCACCACUGUCCUGGUCAUCUUCACCAUCUGCUUCACCCCGUUCCACGUCAGGCAGGUGCUGGUGUACUUCUACCCCGACAUGCCCCACCACGUCAUUGUCUACCACGUCACCGUCACCCUCAGCAGCCUGAACAGCUGCAUGGACCCCAUCGUCUACUGCUUCGUCACCAACAACUUCCAGUCCAGCAUGAGGGGCUUCUUCCGCAAGGCGGAGGCAGAGCUGGAGCAGACCAGUGGGAACAUCAUCAGCAUGCAGAAUAGCUCCAAGGGCUCGGGGACUGUCACAGCUAUCGCUCACAGUGUGAUGAUGAACGUCCUGUCCUCCUCCUCUCCCCAGCAUGGGAACCACAUAGCGUUAGACUGAGAAAGGGAUGGGAAGAUUGAGGAAUGGGAUGUUCAGAGAGAGAUGGACUUCUAUUGCCUAACUGUGAGACUCUGGAGUGCAAUUUACAUACUACAGUAGGCUAUUCUCCUAUUUGAGAAAAUGCUUUCCUGCAUCUAUUAUUGUAGCCUAUUGUUGGCUUGGAAAUGUAAGUACUUGAAGACAUUUUCGGACAAGAAACGUUAUUUCUCCUGUGUUGGCCUACACCAGUCACGAUGGAGGGCAUUGACACUGAAUACGACCUAUAACGUGUUUAUUGCAGCAUGAUUUAUUUCUACUGUACAAUUAUCAUCUGAGGAGUAUUUGUUUACUUUGAUCCUAGAUCUUAUGGACCUCUGACAAAAUAGACAAGUAAUAUUCUACUGCAUUGCUAUGGAAACAAAUAGAAAUAUAUGAUAAACAGCUUCUGUAGAUUAAUGUGUGACAUUGUUGUCACAAUACAUAUUUAUCGUCAGCCUUCUCAGAAACUGGUUUUAUGCUAAACUUAUAUUACUGGCAAAUAUUACCAAACCAAUUGUCCAAAAACAUAUAGAAUAAAACAUACAAAACCU